AUGCCACCAGCAAAGCUGGCUCCUCCUCAACCUGCUCAGGACGAAACCGCGCAGCCGACCUUAUGGCAGAGGAGUCUUAGUUGGAUUCCUGGCACUCAACAAUUCAGAACGCGAGCCAAGCUCCUGUCCAAUUCACGCGUCCCUUUGCUUUAUUCUGUCUCCGGCCUGGUCCUCCUCGUCGUUCUGCUCGUUCAGUUCCUCACGUCCAGAGACGUCCAGCCGCGCCUUUGGGCACCUACUUCCUCUCCCGCGUCCGCACCUGAUAGUCCUCCACAGCCAACGCCGAACCCGUUGAGCCCGUUUGGUGACAGUGUCUACCGCCAAGAGGCAUACUUUGAUUUACUGGAACCGGGCACUCAGUGCAGACCCAAGUCUCCGUUCACUUCAGAUCUGCCAGUUACACACGCGUUGACCAACAUGGCGCUGGAGGCAGAGGCCAAGCGCAUGGUUGCACAAUUUGAGUACACGGCCGAAGAUGUGAACAAGGGUGUAAAAGAGUUCAUUCGGGAGAUGGAAGAAGGCCUGGAAAAGCAGGGGACCUCCAUCAGUCAGAUCCCAACCUACGUCACAUCCGUCCCCAAUGGCACUGAAAAGGGCGUCUAUCUGGCCGUGGACCUAGGCGGUACCAACUUCCGCGUAUGCUCGAUAACGCUGCAUGGCAAUCAGUCCUUCUCGCUGCAGCAAUCCAAAGUCGCUGUCCCGCGGGCAUUGAUGGAAGCAAAGACCGCACACGAGCUCUUCUCCUUCCUCGCCAAACAAAUCGAGGCUUUCCUCAAAGCACAUCACGCCGACCAUUUUGAGACAUACCAGAACAAAUCUGGCGAGGUCGAAUUUUUCGAUCUGGGUUUCACUUUCAGCUUCCCUGUCAAUCAGGUGGGCAUCAACAAGGGGAAAUUAAUGCGAUGGACCAAGGGCUUCAACAUCGAUGAAGCUAUAGGGCAAGACGUCUGUGGUCUGCUGCAGAAGGAGAUUGACGCAUUGAAUCUCCCCGUGAGAGUAGCAGCUCUCGUGAACGACACCGUCGGCACUCUCAUGGCGAGAUCAUACACUUCUCCGGGCAAGACCAGUACGUUGAUCGGCGCCAUCUUCGGCACAGGCACGAAUGGCGCCUAUGUCGAAAAGCUGAGUAGAGUGAAGAAGAUGAAGGCCAUAGACGAGGCAGAGGGUGGUGUUGCUAAUUACGACUCGUCUACCGGGCUGAUGGUCAUCAACACAGAAUGGGGUAGUUUCGACAACGCCCUGUCAGUCCUGCCUAACACUCAGUACGAUGUGGACUUGGACCGAGAAUCUGUGAAUCCAGGCAUCCAAAUGUUUGAGAAACGCGUGUCGGGGAUGUUCUUGGGCGAAAUUCUGCGGCGUGCGCUACUCAGUCUCUACCAGCACCCCGACGCGGGUGUCGCCUUGUUCAAAGACGUAACGUCACACGACAACGAUAUUAGGAGUACGACAACCGUGGCUGACGACAGUCCCCUAUUUAAGAUAUGGGGUAUUGAUACCUCGUUUCUCUCCAUUGUCGAGGAAGAUCAUUCGGACCACUUGCGUAUCACCAAGCAGACACUGGAAAAAGAGUUGAAGAUAGAAGCCGCCUCAACCGAGGACUGUGUUGCGGUCAAGAUGCUUGUGCACGCGAUUGGGAAACGCGCGGCGAGACUGAGCGCCGUCGCCCUUGCUGGCGUCAUCAUCUCCACGAACAAACUACAUGAAGACGAGAUAGUCGACGUGGGCGUGGAUGGGAGCUUGGUGGAGUAUUAUCCGGGUUUCGAGGAGUACAUCCGCGAGGCAUUCAGGGAGAUUGAAGGCAUCGGCGAAGAUGAGAAGCGGAUAAGAAUCGGGCUUGCAAAGGACGGCAGCGGUUUGGGAGCAGCGUUGAUUGCACUCGUGGCUCAUAACGCAGACCAAUCCUUGUAG